AUGGGACAGCGCGGAAUUUUCUCCAGUGGGAACAGCUCUAAGCGAAACCCCAAAGGUACCAUGUCAGGCGUUUGCAAUCAACUCAUUUGGAUGGACAGGGUGCUCCCGACGGUGCCUAGUGAUAUGGAACCAACGCCGCUGCCGGCUGUGGAGGCGGCUGCUGCCCGCAACUCAUGGCUUUCCAAGACGGAGUCUGCGCUUACCAAUGAAUGGAAGGCCGGGAAGAAACGACAACAAAUGGGGGUCAGCUCCACCUCCCCACGCGUCCCGCUCAAAUGUCCUUCUGUGCCAUUUCCGGCCAACCGUAGUUCAGGAAUUUGGCAUGCCAGUGCAGAUGAUAGGGAAACAUUGGAGAUUCCUGUCGGAAAAGAUUUUUUUUUAGCGCUGCGUGCGGCCUGGCGAAAAGAGCCUCCUACAGCAGAGAGGCACAAAAUACCCCCUCCCACUGACCCGAGGGUUCUUGAUGAUGAUUACAUUUACUUUGCAAUUGAGGAGCCUGUUGGAAGUGUCAUGUCGCCACCAGUGCCGCUUUCAUAUAUGGUUUCGGAAAUCCUCGUGCCGCAAUGGGCGGGAGACGGUCUGUUUGAUGUACCCACGGUGCAAAAAGGAACAUGA